AAGAAAGUAGGUAGGAGGACGAGUUUGUCUUUGUUCGCGUGGAAAUAUAUAAGACCAAGGCAAUGAUCGCCGUCGCAUUACUAGCAAAAAGUGGACGCAUACACAUAAUGUUCGUGCCCGUGCUAGCCUUUGCACGAACAAGGUUGAUGACUGUCCUUGGAGCUUUGGGGGUUUUUUACCAACAGGGAGCCUCGGUGUGUGCCAGCGCGGAUGUGCCCGCCACACAUGGCAGUCGCAAGCUUAUUCGGCGCGAAGAAGUUUCGACUUUCUUGGGGGAGGAUGGCGCUCCGGAGUUUCUCGUGGAGCGGCUCGUUGAUGGCAGGGAAGCGGAAGAGCAACAGCAGAAAGAACAGCAAAAUGGUUGUUGCGAGGAGACCAUGCAGAGCAGCACUGCAAAAAUAGCGACGUCGAGAACAACAAUGCCUGAAGAAGCGACUGGGACCGCGACGGCGGGUGCCAUGAGCGUCGCAUCCCAGCCAAGGAGAACCUCAGCCGUGAGCUUGCACCAGCAAAGUCCCUUCAGGCUUUUCCAAAACGGCGCGAGCGAACUGAACCGCGUUGCUCAAGAUGAUGAAGUUCGUCGAAUUUUUGACGGCGCGAAGGCCUUCUACAAGGUCGAGCUGGUGGUCUUUGCGAAUGAAGAAUUUCAGCUCAAAUAUAAGGGUCAGCUGGCGAGUUUGCGUUGCUACGCAGACAAACUCGGAUAUCAGUUUCACGUGUUUUCGCUGAGCAAGACGGCAGCUUCGUGGGCCCGUAACGCCGCGCCAGAGACGCGAGAGGGAUGCUUGCGAAAGACGCAAGAUGUUUUUUUCCUCCGCCACUGCUUACUAGCGGCCUAUCUGGAUUCUAAGAGAGAAGAGGACGACAGACCGGGAGGGCCAUCCGGACUUUAUUUCGCUUUGGACUCUGAUAUUGGUGCGCGCGGUUUCGACUUGAGUCUACGCCGAUGGGCAGGGCUCGCUCUUGGGGUCCCCUUGCAUUCGAACAUCUCGAUUGCGAAGGGCGGGAUUCCGUCCCCAUUCCCAAAGUUUGCUAGAGGGGACACCCCUUCAGAUCGCGUGGAAGAAUCAGACAUUGAGAUUACGGAUUUCGGACGCCGCGUGCCGGAGGUGGAUGCAGAUCAAUUUCAUCCAGUCGAUGUAAUGCUUUUUGAGAGGGCGUGGGGCCUAGAGCAGCAUAACGAGCUCAUGGCAGGAGCCCUGAUGGUGCGAAACACGCCGAGGGCGCGGCGGUUUCUGCGCCAGUGGGCAUCGUGGGAGCAGGAGCGGCCACAGGGGUACAGCUCUGCGGACAACGGCGCUAUUCACCUAGCUGUGCCCGAGGCACUUGGAAUUCCCAUGUCCCACUGCCAGGAAAAGUUUGCGACAUUGACAGCAUACGUGAGUAACCUGACACCAUAUGCGAACGUUUUGAAGUGCGUCCGCGAACACCUCGGUAUGGGUUCCACGCCGCUGGACCGAACAGGAAAAGAGUUCGAGAAGAGGGCUGGAGGGCUGUUGCUGCAAACCAGUCCCGCAUUUGUCGUUCAUUCGAGGUCGGAAAAUGACAAUACUACGCUGGUUGCAGCAGCUUUGCACUCGAACGCAUCACAAAGAGAAGAGCUCAUUAGCUUAUUGGCUAACGUGAGCUCAAUGGCACGAGCAGGGCCCCAGAUUCCCACGAAUGCGAGCCAACUCAGCGAUGCAGCUUACCGCAGUGGAGGAAGACCGGAACCAUCUUCAGAAAGCGUGGCCACAAUGAUGCUCCGCAGUGAACCACUGGACACCUUGCUGCAUCCAGCUCGUGUCAUCCCCGGUCUGCGUGUUAGAAUCUUGGCGAAAGAAGACGCAUGGGCGCCGGAUUGGUGGGCCUCAAAGACCGGCAUUCACCCACUUGGCCACGGCCUGAAGAACAUGACGGAGGGACUUCGCCAUCAGUGGUUUUCACCUGACAUGCUCGCUUGUCUCGCCACUCACGGCGUGAAGGAUCUUGGGCCCGCAUGACCGGAUGAGGUGGUUCUUUGUUCACGCAAAUUAUAAAGGGAUGCAUUCAACAUAGCAUUACCUCGUAGCUGCAUAGACUAGAACUGCAAGAGUUGCAGGCGCGUCAGCUGAAUCUCAUGGAAAACUCGUCUAUGUGUCGCGUCGCAAAACAUCGGCUCACCAUCCGGGCUGGUGUUCGCAGGUUCAUAAUCUGCUGAAGAUGUCUAAAGAGGCUUCGCUGUGCUGCCAGCGCCACUGCUUCCGUGGCCCAAAUGAAAUAGGUGUAUGGCUGACUAAAUCGUCGCGCGAUCACGCCCCCCUUAUAUAUAAUAGUCUAAAGCUGAUGCGUCAUAAAGACUAACGAGCAGUGCAAGAGCGAAACCUGACCAUAGCCCUAGCCGCAUCUACAUGCGAAAAGCGUAGACGAGCGCAUGAAGAUGAGCAGUGGGCAAAGUUACAAUAUUUGUACAAAGUCGCUGCGAUUCACGUCGAUAUGGUGCUGUUGAUGUCGACGCUGACAGAGCAGCCAGAGGCACUUUGUUCUUGAGACUGGAGUAAGAAGAAUCUGUUCGCGCAUGUAAAGCUAACCACUUCGGGGGAGGCCUACUCGUAUAAAUACAUGCCCCGAAAAAUAUCGCGCGUUGUGUGAAGUCCCGAACGUUUCAACCUGGCGGCUUUUUGCUCCUGUCCUUCGCAAAAAAUGGCGGACCACUAGCACGUGGUCUAAAGUGAUUCUGUCUUCGGCUUAGACUUCUUAGGAAAUGUGAAGAUGUGUAAUCGGCUUCGGCUUUGAGUCAAUCGCAUAUAGUGAGGUUACGAGCUUUCCAAUCAAUCUGCUGGCGGCUUUUUUGACUGCAAAACGCCCGGCAGUUUUUAAGCGGGCGGGAGUGUAAAAAAGAAGUUCUAUUUUUUGCGAGAAGCGAAUUCCCCCAUGGGGUCCCGUGGUUCGUGGACUGAAAAAAAAGUAGUUCUUUAUUUUUUGAAAUUGCAAAUUGAUUUUUAUUUUAAUUUGCAUUUGCAAUGACAAGUUGGCCUGCAACUACUCGCUUUGAAUUUGUUACCCCGUUCGAAUAUAAAAAACUAUACCCUUCCCAUUUACGAAGCAACGGGGCGAAGGCGGAUUACUUUGCGGGAGACCUAGACGGAACGAAGCGACGCCCCCCAAGGUGGGGCAGCUCCUCCGAGGGGAGUGCUUGCGAAGCUGGGCCCGGGGUCAGCCGAGUGGCCGGGCAACGACGCGCCGAAGCCGCAGCAUCCCGCCCGGGAAAGGUGGGAAAGGGCCGACCUUUGCGUCCGAAAAGAGGCGCAACGUUUUGCCAUUUUUGGGCAGGGGGCCUCCGCCUGAUG